GACUGUGAUCGUGUCGCAAGGGAAACGCUGUGUGAGACUUUUGCAAUAAAAAUACACUCAUUUCAGUGCUCCAUCCCUCCCGCACCCACCCCACUGGAAAACUCAUCUAUUUUGAUACACAAUUUUUCCAAGCUCCGUAGGUGAUUGUCUCGCAUUUUUUUUUCUCACCGCCACCGGGAAAAGGGAGUGGUGCAGAGGGAUACAGUGCUUUUCUUUUCCUCAAAAAAACAUCUUCAGCAUUGCCCCCUGCCCUCACCCUUCACGCAUUUAUAUGCAAAUUUAUGUCACAUUCACGUGAUUUAUGUAAACCUUCUUGGAGAUUUUUUUCCUCAACUUCAAUCCCUCUUCUUCCUUCACCUCUGUGCACAAUGGCAUAGAGAUAAGACAAUUAGUUGACAAUUUUCUGCUCAACUUUUGAACGAACAACAGUGCGGAAAAUGGGAUGUAAAAUGUUCAUCUUCCAACUUGUGAUAAAGUGCACAUUACCAUAAGAAUAUAGUGACGUGCAAAAUGAAAGUGCUCGAAGGAAUAUCCGAUGUGUGAGUCGGUAGGAAAGUAAAGGUGAUAUUAUAGUUUAUCGUGAAAUCACUAGCUGAUUUAUCUGGUGGUAACGAAACCACAAAAUAAUAUGUGGAAUAUUUCAUCGCCCACCCACUCGGAGUCACUGCUAAUUGACAAUACGUAUUAUUGUGACUAUGGAAUGGGAAAGAGCAAGUUGUGCUUAGGUAUGAAAAUACAUAUUCAAAAUAGGUGCAAUUCAGCAUAGCGAAUCACUCUGGAGGGACCAGAGCCUCCCUGGUUGCAAGGCCCCCUUAAAGCGGCUUUUCUGGGGGCCUCGGGUGUUGGAAAAACCAGUUUAUUACAGCAAUUCUUCAAGCAUGACUUUUCUGGGCGUCACAUUGCGACAGGACACAGAAAUACCUAUAGAAGCUGCGUGGUGUGCGACACAAGCAUUCGCGAGCUGAUAGUAUUUGAUAUUCCAACACCGAAACGCUUCCCGAUCGAUAGUUUAAUGGAGUUUAACAACGGCUAUUUAGGCUUAAGAAAUGUCCAUGCUUACGUUUUGGUCUUUGACAUGGGCAAUCUGGAGACAUUUCAGUACUGUCGUUCGAUGCGAGAUCAAAUUCUGGAAAGCUUCAGUCAUCGUGAUUUUAGCAUUAUGGUAGUUGGUAACAAAUUCGAUUUAAUUGCCGAGACAAAUCCCCAUUCCCAGGAGCUGAAGGAUAUUUCUACUCUUGUACGAAAACACUGGAGGUGUGGCUAUGUGGAAUGUUCAGCAAAAUUCAACUACAAAGUGGGUGAUGUCUUCCGGGAACUCAUGGGCUGCACAAUCACUGGUGGUUCCAUUGGCAAUGAGUACAUCCAAUCAUCCCGUGGAAAGAGCAAAUGCAAUAUUCUCUAGGAGGAUUCCAAUAAAAUGAAUUGUGACAUAGAGGAAUGGAAUUCUGUGGCUGACAUUAACAAUAAUGCUCCAACAUAAUUCAUAUUUAUGAAUUUACGGACAAAACCCCCUCAAAGGGUGUCUCAAUUUUCACACAAGUCAAAAAUAAAUUACAAAUUGUGGUAUAUGAAAUAACACAUCAAUACGAUUUAAGUCACAUUUUUGGCAAAUAAAAUAAAUCAUUUUGAUAAAAUAACUCAAAAUAUUCCAAACAAAUUCUUUAGAGAAAUUCUACAAAAUAAAGUAGAAUAUAUUUCAUUGUUAGAAUUCUCAAAUGAAACAUAAACUUAAAGCUGUUUAGUUUAUAAACAAUCUUUUGUAGAAAAAUGGGACACUCUGCCCAGCCCACCCAUACUUUAAUACUUUAGCCUGACCUUUUCCCUUCUAUUUUCUCCUUAGUUCAGCAUAACUUUUCCCUAAUAUGCAAUAACAUCCUAAAUCAUCAACCACACUGAAUCCCAACUCGAGAUACAAUAAAUAGAAUAGAAAAUAAUGUAAAUAGCAUCACAGAUACAAUAACAGUAUAACGCUAUGUAAUAUAAAUUUGCAUAACAUUGAACAUGGAAUACAAGUAGUUGGAUGACGAGCGCACUAUCCAUGGAAAAACCACAAAAGAGGAAGAUAAUGUACACACAUUAAUGAAAGAUACAAUAAUUGUGAAUAUUUUUAGAUAAAAUGUUUGAAAAAGCAAAUGAGAUAUUGGGUGAAAGUUUAACUAAACUUUAAUCCAAUUAAAAUUUAUGUAAAUACAAGGAAAUUAGGCGACAAAAUGCUGAUAAUCGCUAAAAAAAAUUAUAUAAAUUGAUUCUAUAGAAAAUAUGAAAAUUCUUGUUGGAUUUUUUAAUGUGAUAAUUUAUAAUAAUAUUGAUACUCAAAUGGGCGAUAAAUUAAUAAAUGGAGCUCAAAUAUGAACGCACAAAAUUGCUCUCAAAGGAAAAUUAUUCGAAAAUAUUAACCCCACCGGAAAUGUUCGUUGAAAAAAAAAAACACUUAGUUAUGAUAAAUAAAUUACGUCUUGGUGAAAUAACAAAGGUCAAAGAAAUUAAUAAUGGUAUGACAAUUCAAAGGACACCUUCUCCAUUCAAAAUAAUAGAAUUUUUGAGACACUUCCUGUAACACUUCCCGAGUGAAACUGCAAAUAAAAAACUUUUUCUGCUGUUAGAAUAAAAUGCAUUGAAGAAAAGUUUGUUACUAAAGUUGAUGAAAGUUGGCGAAAAAUAAUAAAUAAAGCUAUCGUGAAAUUCCACCCACUACUUAUUGAAAAGUUCAAACAAAUUUCCAUAUAUUUACACAAUCAACGUUAGAAGAACAGAACAUUCUACUGAAUUUACUCCUUGAUUUACUCUCGCUUGAAAAAAGUAGUCCGAGUUGAAAGGACAAGGACAUUAAACAAGAAAAGAAACAACAUUUUAUAUGGACGAAUUGAUUAUAAAAAAUAGAAAAACAAUUUAAAAGUUUUGUUUUCUAAAUACUGCAGAAAGCAAUUAUUUGAAAUAAAAUGAUUAGUUAAAAACCUUAUUUUAAAGUCUUAAUGCACAUUUUCAAAAAAAAAAAGGAAGACAGAUAAUGGCCUCAAUUCUGAGAUCAAGAUCAAGAUCAAAAUUUUAAGCUGUCAAAUAUUUCCAAGAUCAAGAUUUCAUAUUCUGACGCAAAGUAUUAAUGUAACUUAAAAUGUCUUAGCUAAGAACCAAGGUUUCGAGAUUUUCCACACUUAACGAAACGUCACUUCUGACAAAUAUCUUCAUUUCUCUGUUGAAUUUGUUGAAAUUUCGCCAUAUAAAUUAGAAAAAUUAAUUAUAGGUUUUAUUAAAUAAUAUAUGACAGGCCAUAAUCGGGAAUAAAAGAAGUGUAAACAAAACUUGUGACGUGUGAUAAACCCUGAAAUGCUUAUGCAAGAUGUGAUUCUUUUGCAGGUAUUCUCAGAGUGUUGUACUUCGAAACGUAAAUCUAGAAAUAUGUAUCAUUACGAUUAAAUUACAAGAUCAAACAGCAUUUUUCAUAGCAAUUCCCUUUUUGUAUUAUCUCUAGAAAUAUUCCUCAUCAAUUCCGCAUGAAACUCUUCAAAUUGUCAGUAUCUUGAAAAUUCCAAGAACCUCCGAGAGGUUCUUGGAAUUAUUUCAAGAAAACAAGAAAUUUGAGGUCUUGAAAUCUUGAAAUAUUGGUUCUAGAAUUGCAAAUCUUGAUAUCCACAAGGUUCGUGUCUUGGAUUUCAAGAUUUCAAGACAUUUGACAGAUUUGACAUCUUGAUCUUGAUUUUUUGAUUUCAGAAUACCAAAAUCUAGAAAUUUUCUUGAUCUUGAUCUUAAUCUUGGUCUCAGAAUUGAGGCCAAUGUAUCAAAUUUGAUGCUACCUGGAAGUACUCGUAAGAGUUUGGAAGUCUCAUUCUAUCAUUUCGGCAAAAAGAGUAAAUCAAAAAUGAAAGGUUGUGUUAAACUUCACAGAACUUAAUAUUUCCAUUUCAGGGACAUUAUAUUAUUAUUAUUAUUAACAUUAUUUUAUUAUUAUACAGUGCGAUUCUUGCAGCGCAUCGCCUAGAAAUUUCAAAUUUAAUAAAGAGGAAAAUUAAAUAAAAAUUAUAAUGCAGUGAUAUAAACGCUAAAAGCGCUUACACUUUUGCAACUUUCUUCUCGAUUUUCGAUAUUAAUUUUUUUUCAAAUGUAGGGGAGACUGGAGCAGAAUUAGCCACGUAUACUAUUAGAUAGUGGAAUCUUAUAGAUUGCCUCCGAAGGAAUAUUGAGGAAACCACUCUUUAUUCUGAAUAUAACGCUCCUUGGAAAUUACAAGGGACCAACUAAUUUUCAACCAUUUUUCAGGAGACAGCAUGAAAGAUUCAACUUUGUGUAAAUAAGUAUCUCAAUUUAAUGACUGAACAAAAACAAUUUAUUUCUUUUCUAUUUGUAUAAUUCUAUAAUAUAAACAUCGAAACUUUUAUAUUUUUACCUUUCAAAAUAUGUUUUUUAAUGAGUUAGCUCCUUGUCGUUCUAAAUAAAUGAUGUGCAAAUUUUGCUGAAAUUAGAAUGACAAGGGAUCAACUUGCUUGAGUUAGUCCCCUGUUUUACAAGAAUUUGAACGAUGAAUAUAUUUUGUGCCCCUGUACUUCAAACAAAAUUAUGCAAGUAAUCAAAAAGAUUAAAAUUUUGAAAAACUUUUCUAAUAAUGAAAUUUAAUGACUUAUAUCAUCUAAAAAUUUAUCAAAUUGUCUUUCUAAGUGCAUUAGAAUCUCAAAAUCGCAAUAAAGUAAGUUGACCCCUUGUAAUUUCCAAGGAGCGAUAUACUUCCCUUCCUAUUCAUUGAAAUAUUUAUCGACUUCAUACAAACAUCUUUUGUACAAAUUAUACGCAACUCAAAAUCUCGUUUGGUGGCUAAUUCUACCCCGGUCUCCCCUACAGGUAUAUUAAAAAAGUUAAAUAAGCAAGCAAUGAAAACUUUUUAUAAAACUUAUAGAACUAACUAACUUCGCAUCAGACCAAAAAAUUUUAAACUUAAUUUUAUAAAAUCUAAUUGAAUUCAACUCUGUUCAGUAAAGAAUAUUUCAGAGUUCAUUCAAAUUAGCGAACUUUUUAGUGCAAAACACAAUUUUCGUGCGAACAGUAUACAAUUUCUCUCUUUACCAUUUCGCAGAUGCUCAAAAAUGUCAAGAAAAUUGUGCAAUUUCUUUUCACCCACAAUCUUUUUUUGUGGUUUGUCAUGGAAAUUUAAUAAAAUUAUUUCACAUGUGAUUCUCAUUGUGUUUGAGCAUAGAAAGUGUCAUCUUGCUACACAUCAACUGAAGAAUAAAAGAAGUGAAAUAUUUGCCAACUUUUCAAAUCACGAAGAAACUUUUCUCUGAAACUCGAUGGAGGGUGAAUCCUGAAAAUCAUGCAAGUCACUGAGUUUUGAAGAAUGAAAAAAAAAUAUCCGGAAUUGACGCGAUGAUUGGGGGAAAAAACAGUUUAAGUGAGAGUAUGCAAAAGUUUGGAGCCUACAAGAAUUAGAUAAGUAUUAAAAAGAAGAAAAAAAAACUCAUAGGUUGUUCAUUUACAAAGGCGAUAGAUGAAAAAGAGUAGAGUUAUUCAAAUGAAAAUGCUUAUAAAAGACGAUUUAGCAAUGAGAAUAGAAUGAUUUUCUAUCAUUCUUAGUUAGAAUUGUUCACCAUAUUGCUUCAGUCAGAAUUCACUGGAAAUCGAUUUUAGUUACUAGUAGAAUAAUCUGAACAAUUAUUGUUCAUUUUUGAUAUGCUAACCCUUUCUUUUCUUCGAUUAAUUGUCCUCAUAAAUUAUUUAAGAUUGUGAGAAAAGACAGUGGAUAAGAAAGUUUAAAAAAAAAUCUUUCCCUUCAACAAUUUUCAUGAGGAUGUUACAUCAAUGUUAAGAAAUCAAUAAGUCACCACAACACGAUUAAUAAUUUCUUCAAAUACUCUAGUCUGAGUGGGAAAAAUGAAAUGAAAUGAAAUGGUGAAAAUGAAACUUUUUUAUUCGUUGCAGAGAUUUUUCUUUCAAUAUCCGAUUUACCAAGAAGCAAUGUUACUGAAAUAGAAGAAGAAGAAAAAAAACAAUGUACUCAACAUGUGUUAUUCACGCAUUAUUGCGAAAAAUAGUGAAAAAUAAAUAAUUGUUGCAAUAAA